CUUGAGAAGGUUCUUACCAUGCAUACUACUCAUCGAUUAUUUUGCCCUUUGGGAUCGAAACAACCUAUUAAGGGUUGUCGCCUACAUAACCUACCUCCCAGACUAAGGGAAGAAGGUCUCAGAUCACUGUAGUUCGAGCCCUUUUGUUAAAGCAGUUCCUGUACUUUGAAUGAAUUCAAGCUAGUAAAGUAGUCUGCUUGAAGGGGGCCCUCCUCACCUCUCCCCUUCCCCCUAUCAUUGAAGCAAGCCAAAAACUAACCAUGAUACAAGGGCCUGCCUCUCAGUACGUGAAAACGGAACUUCACUUCUACCUGGCUAAGGGAAGGAAGAAAGGAGGCACGUAUCGAAGGAGAAGAGGAAGGGUCCCACAAGCGAUACUUCCUGAUACUGUAUUUGAAGCAGUUGUUCGAAUUCCUUAUGAUAUGCAAGUGAAACAAGUUCUUGCUAAUGGUAAAAAGGGAGCUUUGAAUGUAGGGGCUGUUCCCGGAAAGGCAUACCUCAAGGAGCACCAAUCUCCCCCGGCAAACAUCUAUCUGGCCUUUGGAAUGAAGAUGGAUGAGCAGGCACUUGAGCCUGGAACUGAUGAAAUUCGGGGAAAACAUGUAACCGGUCACUAUACUGGGGAGGCGAGACAUGACCGCGACUUAAGAUUAAAGUACCGUUGAAAAGUCUAAAGGAACGGGGGGAAUGACUACCUGUAAUCUUGUUCUAAUUAAAAUGCGAGCAACUUCGCACCUUCUCCCUACGGUCGAACAUAUUCUAAACCUUCGGGCAGAGGUAGUACUUCGAAUGGCGAAGAGAGGCGGGGCUCGGCAGGGAAAGACUGGGAAAUCGUCAAGGAUGCCUUCUUAGUUUUGUUGGCGAAACGAAGGGCGCCGCAGGCGCUUCGUUCCUCUCCCUAUCGGUCGAGUGACUUCGUUCCUCUCCCUGGAUGACAAGUUAAAGAAAUUGGGAGGACAUAUGCAAUGAGUUCAACAAUAAGGAUAGUUACAACAUCGAGGUAGAUGUAACCAAGCGUGACUUAGAAAGCACAACCCGAAAUGGAUAAUAAAACUGCUAAGGAAGUUUACCUACCUCAGAAUUUGAUUUUCUUUAUAAUCGAAUGUAUCACUACCACAAGGAUGGAGCACUCGAAGUUAAAGAAGCGGAACGACUUGGCAGACUCCUUCAUGAAAGAAUACAAGUCUAACCAGGACAUGGUGCCCACCAGGUCUCAACUUGAGAGUAUGGAGAUGAAGAGAAACGAGACCUUAACGGGGGUAUGCCCAAAGGUUCAUCGAUAGCAUAUCGAUGAGAGAGCCCGGCUUUGGGGAUCCUAAUUUCCGGGGUGGUAUCUGUAAUGGGUUAAGCUGUAAUAAGCACGUACCUUUAAU